GCGACAGCUGCACGAUGGCUCACUUGAAGAGAGUUUUGACUUACGAAGCCUUGGAAACCGUUCCUUCUUGGACGGUCCUGCUCCAUCGCCAGGAAUCUCGCCCUCAGAUCCUUUUCUUUCUCCAUGUACACGCCUUGUCCUCUCUUUUCCCUUCACUUUGCGUGAUCUUCCAAAAGGAUUCCGCAUUUACGUUUUCGUCAUGGUUUGCUGCUUCCUAUGCUUUACUUCCAUGCCGUGGCUCAUUCGCUCCGUACCCAGGUUAUUUUUUCUGGGCCAUGCCAGAUUAACAGUACUUAUAAUGCAAGUGUUCGUGGUUGUAAGUGCUUCAUGAUUUUCAAGACUGAAAGGAUAUUGGAAGGUUUGUGACAUGACAUCUGAAUCCAAGUUAGAUGUGGUCAAUGGCCAUGGGCGUGAGGAAUCUGAGUUAAGCUAUUUAAAUGGUGAGGCGGCAUCGGGUGAAAGCGUUAAUGCAGCAUAUACAGUUCUUGAUGAUACCCUUAAACAAGGAAAUGGAUCAAUUAGCAAUACAAUGACAAAUGCAGAACGUAGAACUUUCACUGACAGGUUUUCUAGAUGGAAACGAAGUCCGGACCGUGAUAUCUUCAGUCUUCUGGUCGAUGGUAAUGAAAAGCGCCUACAUGGAUCGGGAAGACAAUCUGGACCUCUUUUGUCUGGGACAGCUUACUGCAUUUCCUCUUGCAGCAUGAUAUUGCUGAAUAAGAUUGUUCUAUCAAGCUAUAAUUUCAAUGCUGGAAUAUCGCUAAUGUUUUAUCAAAACUUAAUCAGUACUGUUGUUGUUGUGGCAUUGGUACUCUGCCGAGCAGUUUCAGUGGAAAAGUUGAACUGGAAGCUGAUUAGGGUCUGGCUUCCUGUCAAUGUAAUAUUCACUGGAAUGCUUGUAUCUGGCAUGUAUAGUUUGAAGUACAUAAAUAUUGCAAUGGUGACAAUUCUGAAGAACAUGACAAAUAUUUUAACAGCAAUUGGAGAAUUAUAUAUAUUUCGGAAACAUCAGAAUCAAAAAGUGUGGACUGCAAUGUUCUUAAUGAUUAUCUCUGCUGUCAGUGGUGGUAUCACAGAUCUCUCCUUUGAUGCAGUGGGUUAUGCAUGGCAGAUUAUGAAUUGUGUUCUAACAGCAAGCUACUCGCUCACCCUGAGGCGAGUCAUGGAUGAAGCAAAAAAAUCAACAAAAUCUGGAUCGCUUAAUGAAGUUUCAAUGGUGUUGCUGAAUAAUUUACUAUCUCUACCUUUUGCUAUCUUCUUGAUCAUACUACUUGGUGAAUGGGAAUAUGUAAUAAAUGUGGAGGUGACUAAAUUGCCAAUGUUUUGGGUUGUUGCCACGGCCAGUGGAUUGCUUGGACUUGCCAUUAGCUUCACCUCAAUGUGGUUCUUAAAUCAAACUAGCCCGACCACUUACAGUCUAGUAGGUUCCUUAAACAAGAUUCCCAUCUCUAUUGCUGGUUUGGUGUUAUUCAAGGCCCCGCUUUGUCUACCAAAUUGCUUCAGUAUACUGUUUGGUCUAUUUGCUGGAGUAUUCUUUGCCAGGGCCAAAUUGUCGUGAUGAUAUAAAGAUGAGAAAUGAUAGUUGCAGUCGUGAGUGCGUAAGUGAUGUGCAAUCACUUUGAAAAAAAUGAAUAAAUACGGAAUCUAUUUGAAAAGAAAUUAAUUUUUUAAUAGUAGAUCUCACUUUUUUUCAAAGUGAUUGCACAACGCUUGCGCACUCUAUGACUAUAUAUAGCAUUAUUUUGUAAAGAUCCUCCCAAAAAAAAACAAAACAAAACAAAACAAAACAAAUAGAAAGAAAUUGAUGCGAUUUGACAUGCGCAGCUAGCUGCUCUUACACUCGAAUAUUUCAAGUAUUUGAAUGACGAAGAGAUUAAUAUCUUAUGAAUAUUUGUAUCUAUUUUGAAAAUUGUCUGUUGUAAUUUAUUUAUCACACAUAAAAGUGUCUUAUUGAACAUCACUUUCGAGUUGAUUUGGCAUGUAUUAAUUUCGGGAAAGAACUUUGUCUCCAAUUUAUAUAGUUAUUCUUUAAUGAGAUAAGUAGUUAUACAUCG